GUGGUAUAUACGUACCGAACUUUGUAGUUUGUUUACUUCUGCUCCUCAUUCUCUAUGAUAUUGAAUUAUUGAUAGUAUUUUCGCCUAGACAAAAUCAGGAUAGAUGUUCAACACCGGCGAAUCUUUCCCGACUCCGGCGGGAUAUACUGGCGAGCUGGGGUUCGAUCCCGCUCAGAUUCGGCUAGGAAGUUCGGACCCCCGAGUGCCGCUCCUGAACCUCUCCACGGUCCGAACCAAAAUGGAUAACCUGCAGAGCUUCCUAUCGGACUCGGUCAACCGCAACCAGCUCAUCGGCCAAGAUCAGAUGGACUUGGUGUCCUCCGAGAUCGCCUCCGCCAUACACCAAGUCAUCGUCAACGGCGCCGCCCUCCUCGCCUGCACCCAGACCCCGAGCCCAAUCGAAUCGGCUCCCAACCCAACGAUGCCUCCGAAAUUCCAGGGAGAAUCUUCGGCUUCCUUGAAAGUAGAGGGUUUUAACGAGGAAGUCAAGAACGAGAAUCUAGUUUUAGAGUCAGAUGACUCAGAGAUAGUGGAACUGGACGCUAUGGAGCUGCUGGCUGAGCAUAUUCACUUCUGUGACAUAUGCGGGAAAGGAUUCAAGCGCGACGCGAAUCUGCGGAUGCAUAUGAGAGCGCACGGGAACCAGUACAAGACCCCAGAGGCCUUAGCCAAGCCGGGACGGCACUGCGCUGAUCCCUGCCUGAAUACCAAGUUCUCGUGCCCGUAUGAGGGCUGUAACCGGAACCGGCUGCACAAGAAGUUCCGGCCGUUGAAGUCAGUGAUCUGCGCGAAGAACCACUUCAAGCGGAGCCACUGCCCCAAGAUGUACUCAUGCAAUCGCUGUAACAAGAAGAACUUCUCGGUAGUGGCGGACCUGAAGAACCAUCUGAAGCAUUGUGGGGAGGCCAGAUGGCGGUGUACCUGCGGGACCAGCUUCUCGCGCAAGGACAAACUUUUCGGUCACAUGGCCUUGUUCGAGGGGCACAUGCCGGCGGUUGGGGACGAGGACGAGAGAGCCAAGGACCUGGCAGAGGCGGCCGUAGCGACGGCUAUGGAUGAGGACGAAAAUGAGGAUGAGGAGGAGGAUGGGGUUAUGGUGAAGGGAGGUGAAUUAACGCCGGAGAAUUCCUCGGAUAACGGGUUCUUUGAUGGAUUACUCGAUGGGUUUAGUUCCAUCGAAAGCUUUUGUUUACGGGAUGUGUUGGGUUCGCCCAUUGGAUUCGACGGUUUAUGAUUUUGGAAGAUGAUAAAGGAGACAAAUGUAAAUGUGGACAAUCCCCAUGAAGCCCAAUCGGAGGAAGCCUAUUCGACUCUAGAAGCCAAAGCCAAAGCCAAAGCCAAAGCCAAAGCCUCAGCCUCAGCCUCAGCAGCUCUUGGCAACCUAGAUUAUGCCAUGGGAAGAAAUGAUCAUAUGCUUAGAGCUUGUCCCAAGCCCCACCGAUCAGAACCCUUUGCUACCUCAGUCACCUCCUAGCUGAUUCUGUCUCAUUCAGUGAAAAAAUGGCUUGGUACAAUCCUUUCACACACUGAUUUAAGUUUAGGAUGUACCCUAAAAUGCCAGGAGAGCAUUAUGGAAGAAAUUCUCCAGGUUAGUCAGGGUGCUGUUUCAAUUUUAUCCGCGUCUUGUUGCCAAUAUCGAUGUUAAUGAUAGGUUCGAAUUGUAAAAGUCAGUCAAAUUUGCAGAACUUCAACCACUCGGUUUUUAGUGGAAAUAUAAUCUAAUAUUUUUGAGAA